AUGGAGGAGAAGCUGAUCGAGGAGGACGGAGCCGGCCCCUCUGCACCGGGCCGGGGGAGGGUGGUGCUGGAGCGCUGGAAGAGCCUCCUGCGCCGCCUGGGGCAGUGGAUCAGGGAGUACUGCCAGGAGAACGGCCUGCUGACUCUGUCCAUCCUCGCCGUGCUGACCGGCUGCGUCCUGGGCUUCCUGCUCAGGUCUCUACAUCUCUCCACGCAGGCCAAAAUCUACUUCUCCUUCCCGGGGGAGCUACUCAUGCGCAUCCUGAAAAUGCUGAUCCUCCCGCUAAUCACGUCCAGUCUGAUGUCGGGUCUGUCAGCGAUGGACACCAAGGCCAGCGGACGCAUGGGCAUCCUCACCAUCACCUACUACCUGUGGACCACCUUCAUCGCCGUCAUCGUGGGCAUCGUCCUGGUAACCACCAUACACCCGGGCACCGGCACCGAGAAGGACACCCAUCACCACGGCAACGGGCCCGUCAUGACCUCAGCCGACGCCCUGCUCGACCUCAUCCGGAACAUGAUUCCAGCCAAUCUGGUCGAAGCAACUUUUCAACAGUAUAAGACAGACCUGCUGCCGCUGGUGAAGGCCGUGGAUAAGGCGGUGCCGCUGAACCACGUGUACCUGAUGCCGGACGACGCGGACCCUGAGCUCCGGCGGCCGGUCUUCCUGCACAUCACGCCCGCCCCGGAGGUGGAGUACCGCAUCGCGCCCGGCUACAGCAAGCAGAUGAACGUGCUGGGCGUGGUCGUCUUCUCUGCCACCAUGGGGCUGCUGCUGGGCAGAAUGGGGGAACGAGGCAUGCCAUUGGUCAGCGUGUGCCAGUGUAUCAACGAGUGUGUGAUGAAGAUCAUCGCUGCUGCCAUGUGGUAUUUUCCGUUUGGGAUCAUCUUCCUGGUGGCGGGUAAGAUUGUGGAGAUGGAGGACCCGUCCAGCAUCGGGGAGCGGCUGGGCAUGUACACCAUGACGGUGAUGCUGGGCCUGGGAGUGCACGGCCUGGUGCUGCUGCCACUCUUCUACUUCCUCCUGACCCGCAAGAACCCCUUCAUCUUCAUCCGCGGGCUGCUGCAGGCACUCGUCAUCGCCCUGGCCACCUCGUCCAGCUCUGCUACCCUCCCCAUCACCAUGAAGUGCCUGCUGGAGAACUGCGGGGUGGACCGGCACAUCGCCCGCUUCGUCCUGCCCGUGGGCGCCACCAUCAACAUGGACGGCACCGCCCUGUACGAGGCCGUGGCCGCCAUCUUCAUCGCCCAGGUCAACGAGUACGAGCUCGACUUCGGCCAACUGGUCACCAUCAGCAUCACAGCGACUGCCGCCAGCAUAGGGGCUGCUGGGAUACCGCAGGCGGGCCUGGUAACCAUGGUGAUCGUGCUGACCUCAGUGGGCCUGCCGGCCGAUGACAUCACACUCAUCGUGGCCAUCGACUGGGUGCUGGACCGUUUCCGCACCAUGAUCAACGUGCUGGGCGACGCCCUCGCUGCGGGCAUCAUGGCACACCUGUGCAGGAAAGACUUUCCCCCCGAGGGGAGCCGGCGGAACACAGCCACGUCCUUCGAUGCGUUCCCGGGCAUGAGAGGCAGGAGGACGUCCCUGCACCCCAAGGCCCAGACCAGCCUGGACCCCACGAACGCACCCACACCGAGCGUACCCCAAACGGACGGCCCCACGGAGACCGCCCCCCCGCUGGGCGGGGCGCAGGCGGGCGUGUCCCUGAUGGACCUGCCCAUCCUGGCCUGCAGGGACUGUGUCCUGGAGGUGAGCGGGGACAGGGCCUCAGACCCGCCCGUCUCCAGCUACAAGGUCUGUCACGUCUGA